UCCUGCUUACUCGCCGAAGGCAAACCAUUCUCAGCCAUUUUUGUAUCGCAGUUUGGACAGCAACGCGUUUUCCAGAUUUCUACAACAUGCCACCGAAAAGAAAAAGCUUUUCUACGAAAAAACUAAAAAACGCUGCACCAGAACACCCAUUAACGAAGAGAGUAAAAAAUUCAGCCAGCCGUGAAAAAGAUGGCGCUCGCGCACGAGCUAAAAUUUGCAAUCAACAUUUUUUGAAAGACGCUCUGAAUGUAGCUAUGACGCAAGUUCACGGUGAUAGUUUUACGAGUGCGGGUCUCAAUUUCGUGGCAGCGAAUACCUCACGGUGUUCGGAAGGACUUGAUCGUACACUUGAUGAUCCUCUAAAGCUAAGCUACGAGGAAAGUCCGGCCAAGCAGCAAACCGGUUCAUGCAAACGAGCAAAAGGCACACAUUCCAACAUAGUGCUCUAUGACCACAAGGGUAAUCCUAUUGCACAACCUCAAGAGCUAGACGACCACGAUGUUAUUGAGAGUAGUCAGCCUCAAUCAACAUUUCGUGCCACUAAGGUCGCAGCAAAAAAAGCUUCGUUUCGUCGCGAAAAUCAUGGCAUAGAGUUGACAACCGCUGACAUCUAUGACGAAUUGCAAGAAUUAUCGCAAAAACGAGCCUUUCUCGAAUUCGAUAAUAUUUCAUACGAUUCAGAGAACGGAAGCUUGGAGGAGUGGGAGCCAUCAGGGCGAGGAAUCGCUAUCAAGUGCGCUAUCGAUGCUGAUCUCAAUUCAUCCGCUGAAAACUGUGCAUCCAUCUGGAAAGCUCCUGCAGCAAGAUCAGCAGUAAGUCAUAUUGUUACAAAUUCGAUCUUAUCGCCCCGAAAGCUGGUAGAGACAGCAGGAAAGGGAAAAACAACUUUGCUUCCUCGCCAAGGCAACGUCGAUAAGCUGCCGGAAGUAUUUCCAAAGGAACGAACUGUUUCAGCAAUUGCAGCUACUUCACCAGAUAUUUCCGAGGAAGAAAGCCUUGAGGAAUGGGGUCCGCGACGCACAGCUCUUCGUGUCCACGUCGAUUCACUCGCCAAAAAUGCAGCUCAUCCAUCAUACCGAAACGCUGCUGCAUCCGGAACAAUCACUGAAAGUGGUCCAUCCACCCGGAAGGCUCCUCUCCGAAAGUUGGUAGAUACAAGAAGCUCGGGGAAUAUUACCACAGGAGUAAACUCGGGGAUAUUACCACCAACUCCACCGGAUCCUUCCAAGGACGGAAGCUUGGAAGAGUGGGGUCCACAACGAGCAACUCUACGCGUCAACAUCGACUCAGUCGCCAGAAAUGCUGCUUAUCCAUCCAUCGCUCCUGCAUCCGGAAUAACGGCCGAAAAUGUUCAACACGCCGUUGAAAUCUUCCGGAAAAAUGACACAGUGGCUCCGGAAGAUGACACAACAGAUGACGGAUAUCGCAGUAAAUAUUAUCAGCUGUUGCACAAAUUUAAUGCGAAAUGUAAAGCUAUGAAGCAGCUGAAAGAGAAAUAUGAGAAGAAUAUCCAAAAACUUGCCGAAAUGAAGGAUUUGGUAGUUUAUGCUAACGUGGAAGCCAAAAAGGCAAAAAUGGAUCCCAACGCACAAUUGACCUUCACAACAGACCCAGAAAUCGAUAUGACCAUCAGUCAAAUCGAUCAAGUCAACAAAGCGUCCAAAUCAGAUAUGAACUUCGGACAAAAUUUGGCGUUAUUUUUCUACGGCGCUCAAACAUUGAAAGAAAUGUCUGUUACAGGAACAGCGACUCAUCGUUUCAAAAACGCACAACCAAAAACCGGAAUAUCUCCAAAAAAAUUGUCAUUUAUUCACGAAAAGGUUCAACAGCGCGUGGCUGCUCGAGUUGGUGUGAGUAACUUGUCACUUAUCAAUGCUGUGGCUCAUCCAACAAUAGUCAAUAAAGCUAUUGGAGAGAAGAUCGCGAAUCUGAACAAGGCAACCAAGUAUGCGGAUGCACGCAGACUCAAUCGCGAUAUGAAUCAGGAUGCCUAACGCAAUUGAAGAACGCUUCCAACCCAUGGUGCGAUUGCGCGAGUGGUUCCUUGACACAACGAAUUUUAAACUGUUUCUGACAUAUCAGACAAAAUAAAAGUAAUGAAUC